AGUUGAACCUGAACUAGUUGAACCAGUUGAACCAACCACUGAAGCAGAACCAGUUGUGCCAACUGAACCAACCACUGAACGAGAACCAGUUGUUCCAACCGAACCAACCACUGAACCAGAACCGGUUGAACCUGAACCAAUUGAACCAGAACCAGUUGCAGCACCUGAAGAGCCUACUGAAGAUGGACCUGAAGAACCUGAACCAACUGAACCGGAACCAGUUAUUCCAACCGAACCAACCACUGAACCAGAACCAGUUCCUACUGAAGAUGGACCUGAAGAACCUGCCGAACCAGUUGUACCAGAAGAACCUACUGAAGAUGGACCUGAAGAACCUGCCGAACCAGUCGUACCUGAAGAGCCUACUGAAGAUGGACCUGAAGAACCUGCCGAACCAGUCGUACCUGAAGAGCCUACUGAAGAUGGACCUGAAGAACCUGCCGAACCAGUCGUACCUGAAGAGCCUACUGAAGAUGGACCUGAAGAACCUGCCGAACCAGUCGUACCUGAAGAGCCUACUGAAGAUGGACCUGAAGAACCUGCCGAACCAGUUGUACCAGAAGAACCUACUGAAGAUGGACCUGAAGAACCUGCCGAACCAGUCGCACCACCUCAACCAACCGCUGAAGACGGUCCUGAAGAUUCCAGAACACCAUCGAUAGAAGAAGAAGGAGGAGAAAUUCCAGGCCCUUCUUCAGCCGUGAUUACUGCAACUCCACUGGCGAUCUAUGAUGGCGGUGCUGGUUCUAUUCACAUUAGAAAAGAAUUCUCCGGGUUCGUUGUUGCUGCUUUCUUAGCUUUGUUAUAA